GUAUAUCCCACGCCAGCUGAUAUUUACGGGGUUUUUGGUAUGACCCGAAAACACUUGUCCAUCUGUAUCUAUACAUUGUCAAAAACAGCGGAAACGGCUACACUCAUGUAACAGUUGGUGUCGCCCUCCCUCCAGCUGACCGGCCUGGAUUCCCGGGUAGGAUCCCCGAGCUCUCCCCGGCUGUGUUCGCCGUCGUUUAAAACUGUCUUCCCCGGCUGGGUUUACCGCGGGUGUUUGUGUCAGUGAGGCUGUCGAUCCUGUUGUCUCGGUAAACGGCAGGCUUUACUGCUCAGCUGGUUUUCUUGCCUCUGUCCCACCAAGAAGCUUCCCUCAGCUGCUAGGCCGCCCCGCCAUCCACGGAUUUGCCUUCACAGUCUCACCGACCAGAGCCAUGGGAGACACAGGCAGCGAACGCAGCAAACCGCCGGGCCUCCCGCCCCGCUGCUCUUGCGGAUUCUGGGGGUAACGGUCAACACUGCUAAGAAUGCUUCGGAGAGAACUUGGUUCAAAGUUGCCCCCCCACCCCCUUUUUUUGUUGUUGUUGCUGCUGACUACAGGAAUUUCAAAAAGUGUUUGUCCAAUGAACGCAAAUACGACAUUGAGGUUUAUGUCAGUCCAGCAAGACCAUGAAUCUCUGUUCGAAGUGCUUUGCUGAUGUUCAGAAGAAGCAACCAGAUGAAGACUCCUCCCCUGGCCAUGCCCCCAGCACUAGUAGCAACCAAUCGGACGGGUUCACGAGUGACAUGAACAGUAGCAGCAGUUCCUCCCCUUCCUUUUCAUCGCAGACUGUUAGCAACCCCCAGCCACUCCCCAGCGAAACAACAAAUGUAGCUUCCUUACCCAGCCAAGAGGAAUGUGUUCCCUGCACAGAUACAGCCCACGGCACAUUAGCAACACCCACAAAACGGCCAUGCGAAUCAGGGUCCGUGUCCGAGGGCGAGGAGUCACCAGGGAAACGGGCGCGGCUGCAGGAUGACGUUGCUGAAGAAAGCCGUGGAGGCACCAAGCAGAGGAGUCGCCGACGCUGCUACCGCUGCCAAACCAAACUGGAGCUGGUGCAGCAAGAGCUGGGCUCCUGCCGCUGCGGAUACGUGUUCUGCAUGCUGCAUCGUCUCCCGGAGCAGCACGACUGCCUGUUUGAUCACCUGGGCCGUGGCCGAGAGGAGGCUAUCCUGAAGAUGGUGAAGCUGGACCGCAAGGUGGGGCGGUCGUGCCAGCGCAUUGGGGAGGAGUGCUCCUGAGUUUGUUUGUUUGUUUGUUUGUUUGUUUGUUUGUUUGUUUAUUUCUGUGUCUCUCUCUCUCUCUCUCUCUCUCUCGUUCUCUCUCUCUCUCUCUCUCUCUCUCUCUCGUUCUCUCUCUCUCGUUCUCUCUCGUUCUCUCUCGUUCUCUCUCUCUCUCGUUCUCUCUCUCUCUCUCUCUCUCUCUCUCUCUCUCUCUCUCUUUCUCUCUCUCUCUCUCUCUCUCUCUCUCUCCCCCCCCCAAAAACACGUGCACAAGCCUUAUCCAGAAACGCCCAACCCUCGACCUCCCUCUCUCUUACCUGAGCUAGCCAAUACACAGACCUUGCGCAUUGGACUUUAGCCAUUGAUUGUAUUUCAGAUUAGGGGUGUAACGAUAUACUAAUGUCACAAUACAUGGAAUGUAAAACACACUUCUGCAUUCGAGAACCAUUUGGUGAACUAAAAUGAGCUAUGUUGUGCUUUUGGUCUUGUAUCACAAUACAAAUGAUACAUACCUCCCAUUACGAAGCUGUACGGUAUGUCAUGUAAAUACAGUAUCAGGAUUCAUCAAUACACAAUGAAUUGUUACACCCCUACUUAAGAUCCAUAUAUUGUACUUUUUAGGAUUGUGUGAAACAUGAUCCUGAUAUGCUUUUUGGCUGGUCAGUUGAUUACUGAGUGUCCAGUUUUUUCUUUUCUCCCGAGAGCCUAAAUCUAUCCCUGCACUGCUUUCCAGUGCACAGAAUACAAGUCGUCUGCAGGCAAUGUCUAAAAUUCAGCUCUGUGGUAAAUAUUCUGCUUGCUUCAGACUUCUAUUUUAUAGAAUCUGGAGGUAAUGAAAACCUGGCCUGUCCAACACAAUGCUGUAGCACGCCUGUUGCUGUUCUCCAGUAUUGCAGAGGGUAGCAAUGCCUGUUCAUGGGGGCCAAUCCAUUCCAUGUUCAUUGAUGUAAUAUAAAGUAGUAUAGGACCUGGUCAGAUUUAAUUGGUUGAUCUUAAUAAUUAAGUGCAUGAUUGGGACAGACUAGGCAGUUUUUAUCUGAGGAACUUGUAGGUAGUGUUUGGAGCUGGGGGCAGGGAGGCAGUGUGCCCUAGUAUAGUACUUGGAAGCAGUGGUCAGAAUUGCCAGUCUGGCAGGCCAUGUAACUUUGGGGUUUAAGAGCUGACACACUGGAAGGUACGUGGAUCUUACUGGUUGUAAUUCAUGGACAGGGAGACAGCAUUUUGAAGUCCUGACUCUUACAGUUAGUAUUUUAAACUGUGAAGGAAAAUGAGAAUGUUAACAUGAAGAAGAAUCCCGGUAAUCUAUAAAGUCAAGGUACUGCUAAGCUUUUUCUUAUCACUGCACUCUGGUAUAUUGUACAUGCAGGCCUUGCUCAAUAGAAGCAGUUAAGGGGUCAGGAAUCACAGGUAGUGCUGGCUGGUCUAAAAGCAUCAGAAUCUCAUUGACAAACACACACACAUACCCCUGCACAUCCAGAAUACCAAUGAUGUCUCCUAUUGGCUAGUUCCAGGUACCUUGGGUUACAAAUACAAUGAGAACAAAUAAGGCUUCUUCUGGUGACCACAGUUGAACUUGGACAGACAGACAUCAUACUCCAGGACUGGCAAUGUCUUUAUUUGUGUGUGUGUUGUGUUGGGGGGGGGGGGGCUAAGGGGACUCCAAGUGCUUCCUGGGGCUCACCCCUGCUGGUUUGUUAGAAACUGCAACAUCAAACCAAACUAUUAAAGUAUCUUUAGUCACAUAUUUUAGAAGCAUAUAUCUCCAAAUCACAGAAUAGUGACCUCCUCCUUUUACAUUUGUGCUCUUCAAUUGAUUAUUAUUAUUAUUAUUAUUAUUAUUAUUAUUAUUAUUAUUAUUAUUAUUAUGUCUACAAUAGAGGCCAGUGUUGUGGGAAAUUAAAACACGGGUAAUUGUGGAUUUGGAAAAUCUUUUUGAAAUACAAUAUGAAUGAGAAAAUAAACAUACAUUUCAGCUAAAAAUUUUAAAUAGUGAUUUAUGUUUGAAACAUUUCCAGAAACACAGGCCCCUAGUUAGAACUCAACAUGCAAAAUUGCUGUGCCUCGGGGUAUGCAGCCCUCACUGGUUAGAUUGAGCGGAGAGCACUAUGAGGGACGCUGCAGCUGCUUGCUCUCCUCCCUUGCCUGCCCUCUCCUUCCAACUCCCUCUCACCCUUUCACUCUGCACCUAUCCACCCUUCUCCUUUGCCCUUGCCUGCCUUCUCCUUCCACAUCUCCACCCUUUUCCCUCCCCUACCCUAGCCCUUUCACGGUUACUAAACGGUAAGGAAAAGGUAUUAUCAUGGCUUCAUAUUGCUCUCUCUCGCUCUGUGUCCCGUCCGUCCACCCCCCCCCCCCUUUUUAAAUCACAGCAAAAACACCCAUCAGCAGUCUCUACCAGCGUGGAGGACUUGAGGUUUUGCAGAUUGAUGUGUAUCAUCGCUGUUUGAUUUUGGGACAUCUACUCUUAUUAAAAUGGCUGGAGGUUAAGGGGGGGGGGGGGGGGGGUAUAAAUUGUUUUAUUUACCUUUACUUCUAAAGGGAUUUUAACUUUAUGGUACCACCUGGUGGCGAAGGCUUGUAGGUUUCUUGUUGGUUAGCUGAGAUACUGUUGGCUGCUUCUCCAUCCCUGUCCCAGAGCAUGAACCAGUGGGGGCUAAGGGGGAGGAGAGGGUGCAUUAAUGUCAUGGGUGCAUUUAUUGUAAAAGAUUUGUUCUCUAUCUGGUUUAAAGUGAAGAAAAAGAAAAGAAAAAUCUUGUAUCUUAAAUAAAACCUUAUUUAACUGUU